AUGUCAAAACUGCAGGGACCUUAUUCAGCAAUGAGUACGGUUGACAGAUGUUUUGUAAUGUUGAAUAAGUAUGGAAAGAUGGAUACAACUUGGAAGAAAAAACUGUUUGUAGCUGCAAUAGAUUUUGGGACUAAAUUCUCUGGGUUUGCUUUGUCCUUCCUCCCUGAUUAUGAAAGGGAUAAAACAACAAACAUUUACUGGUACAUGUGGGAACCAGGAGACCAGCCGAGAACACACAAAACACCAACCUGCCUGUUGUUAAAACCGGACAUGUCUUUUCAUUCCUUUGGUUACGAAGCAGAGACUCAAUAUGCCGAACUUGUCGAAGAUAACGAACACAAAGACUGGCACUUCUUUCGGCGUUUUAAAAUGCAGCUUUUCAAACCAAAUGACAGGAAUACUUGUGGCUUAUCAUCACAAAGCACAAUAAAGGACACAGAGGGUCGCGACUUUAGUGCAUUGGCAGUGUUUUCUUAUUCCUUAGACUAUAUGAAGAGGAAAAUUAUUGAAACAAUUGGAGAAAAGUUUCCAAGUGUCAGGGAAGAUGAUAUACAUUAUGUAUUAACAACGCCAGCAAUAUGGAGCGAACAAGCCAAAUUGUUCAUGCGAAAGGCGGCAAAAAAUGCACACAUACCAACAGAAAGAUUACGUAUAGCACUUGAACCAGAGUGUGCGGCUGCCUAUGUUCAGACAAAGACAAACGAGUUACCUGCUCUAGAUAUGAUGACACAAGAAAAAAGGGCGAUGAAACCAGGAUCAUGUCAUGUUAUUAUUGAUUUAGGCGGAGACACUCUCGAUAUUGCUGCUCAUCGAGUAAUUGGUCAUUGCCAAUUUGAGGAGAUCAUUCCGCCUGACGGAGGUCCCUGGGGUGGAGACAACAUAAAUAUGAAGUACGAACAGUUUUUAGUUAGAAUUUCGGGAGGUCCAGCAUUUGCAAAAUUUCGAGACAACCACAUGGAUGACUAUUUAACAAUGCAACGCCAGUUCGAAAACAAGAAAUGUGCUUUCAAAGAAACUGGUGACAAUUCGAAAGUUACGAUUCAGAUACCAAAGUCAUUUCGUAAACUUCAUGAAAAACACAAUGAUGAGAAACUAACUGAGUCAGUUCGUCAAAUGCCCAUUUCGGAUGACGUUGAAUUUAGGGGAGAUAAGAUAAGAAUUAAAACUAAAUUAUUUCAUAGCUUCUUCACCGACACAAUUGACGGAAUUUUAGAAACAGUUGACGGUGUACUGUCAAAAAUCCCGGAGUCCAUUGAUACUAUAAUUUGUGUGGGUGGGUUUUCAGAAUGUCAGCUACUGAAAGACGCAUUUCGCGCGAAAUUUCCGGACAAGACUGUCAUUAUACCACCCGGAGCUGUGACAUCAAUCUUGAAGGGUGCGAUUAUUUUCGGACGGGAUCAGUCUGUAAUUAACAAACACAUAAGUCGACACACGUACGGUUUGGACUGGAAUGGAGAUUUUGACACAGAAAUUCAUGACCCUGAAAAACGUGAAGAAACAGAUGACGGAUAUGUCUGCAGAGAUAUAUUUAAAAAAUUGAUUGGAAAGGGGGACCAAGUGCCAUACGAUGAACCGGCACAAAAUAUUGAUGCUUAUGUGAAAUCUAAAUACCAAACUGUAAUAGAUUUUCCAUUCUACAGAUCAGAAAUUAAAGAGAAUCCAAAAUAUAUUGAUGAAAUAGGGUGCCGUUUAAUGGGAACAAUGCGAGUCUACCUUGGAGAAUCAAAGGUCAAAAGUUUAGACAGAUGUGUGAAACUGAAAGUAUACUUCGGGGCAACAGAACUUAAAGCUGAGGCUGAAGACGACACCGGAAAGAAAUAUGAAUUCUUGGACACUUCAACACAGUUCAGGACGUAUGGUCACUUCCUAGCUUUGAUUGUGGAAGAAAACCCAGAUGCCCUUCCGGGCAUAAUUGUCAAGCAUGUGUGUCAACCUGGUAGAACCAAUGACUUUCUGCAAACCAAAUGGUUGGCUCACAUGGCGACAUUUGCAGCGCUCGAACACAGAGACUAUAGUCAAGUAAUUUGA